GGUAUUUUUAUUGAGAGUUAUCAAUCUCUACUGUUAGUCUUAAUUUCUUUAUGUCCUUUUGUCUUGCAGAAUUAAAGUAUUUAAAUAUUUAUUUGGUGAGCAUAUGCGUUUGAAUCGCUUGGAAUGGAUUUCUAUUGAGGAUAUAGAGAAGGUUGUCAACUCUAGAGCAUAUGUCUGCUUCUCAAGAGCAGAGAUAACAAUCCUGUUAGAGAUGCUGCAAAGUGAUAACAUAGUUUCGGUAAAUAAUGAAAAGGAUGCAUAUGAUUAUCUGUAUGAAUGCCCAUCUCCAAUGGCUAAAUCUGGGAGAUGUAUUUUAAGUUGUAUAAACUUUUUAUUGUCAUCCAGACAUGGCUUGGAUGCAUUCGUUGCUAAACUGAACUCUUUGAGCAAAACUGUUGCAUACUACAUUUUUGCAUCUUUCUCUGUUUACUUUUGUCAUUUCAGUUUGACACAAAUUUGCAUGCGCUGUGGGUAUCAAAGUACUCAUAAACUUUCUAACUGUUUUUGAUGUAGUAAAG